UGUCAUCUCACACGACCAUGGAUCUCGACGACUUUGAUAUCGCCAUCGUACAAUUGCCUCUCGAAGAGGAACCAACCCUCUCUGCACAGAAUGCGCAGGAUGCGGUGGAAUACAUCGACUCUCAAUGGUACUCUCUAGUCAAUCGGCGAGGCCGAUGGAUGGACCUGAUCGGCGACUACGCGGGGAGCGAACCCUUCGUCGUAGAUGGCGAGGCCUUGAUUGCAAUGGUGUUGGAUGACCCUCUGCUUGCACUAGGUCACAAACAUGACAUCAGCUUUCAGUGUCUACACGCGGUGUACACUCUUGAACGUAUUCUACAAGAGAUCUCCAGGCGUUCCGAGUCUUUCGAGAUUGUGUUCUGGCACGAGCGCCGCUUCCUAACGUUACUGUAUGGGGAAGAUGACUAUGUUACUAGCUCUCGCUCGCUCGCCCGCGCUAUUCUCUUCAACCAUCUCGCCUCUGUGAAUGUAUCAGUGCAUACUUUCGCCGAUCUGUCCGACCCCGCUUGGCUAGCAUAUCAGCGAUCAAGGAAGCCCAUGUUUGUUAUGACAAGCGAUGGUGGUAUUGUAGAUGAUUCCUCUCCUAUCGCUGCAGCCGAGCGUAUACUCCUUCAACGGGUAUUUUUGUACUCGCUCUUGGCCCAGGGCGUGUCAGUUACGACAUUGCGCGGUGCAGAGUACCGCGAUUCCAAGAUCAUGUCGUUUGUUUACGAACAACGACUCGACAGCAACCCGAAGAGUCGUUUCAAAAACGAAUUCUGGCUGGCCGUGCAAAACGCCUCCACUUCCCUUGCGGCGCACGAGAAAAGGGCCCGCCCAGAGGUCCCCAUUCAUUCCCUUGGACGACGCGAUAUACCAAAAGCUUCGGACAAUCCAGCGCUUCUCUUACAGGGCGUAUCGCAGUCCCUGGACCUGCGACAGGAACAUUUCUCUGCACUCCUCCAGGUCUUCGUUGCACACAUGCUCUUCCUUCCUCACCUCGAUUUACGAGAGCGAGCAAGGCCUCGCGUCUUCUUGCCAAGCAAACUCGUCGGCCUCCUAACGCGUGAUUUCCUUCCUAAAGUCUUCCUUGCUCUCGAGGACAUUGCCUCCGUGUCGGACUUGGAUGGACGCAUCUUCUCUGUUCUUUUGAACUCCAUCCUCAGAGACGAUACCACUCCGCUUCAGACGCUUAUUGGGUCGGAUCUGGCGGAUGUUCUGGACAAGUUGUGGACGACUCAUCAACUCCCUUCUCCCGACUAUGGCGCCCUCCGUCGCCAAUUUCCUGCCUCGACCGGCGUUCCAGAUGCCGGAGAGACAGACUCGCCUCCCCUAAGCCUCUUGCCAUUCCAUCACCCCCUGUUUGACGAGGAACUGGGCACGAUCAAGAUCGACGCGGAGGAGUUGUCUAGCGACGACAACGACGAUGAGGGAUCUGGUGCUCAUCUGGAGUUUAAUACCGUCUUUAGCGACACGCAGCACUGGCACAACCACAAGCGUGCUAUCCUUCCCCCUCACCUCGGUGGCAGUGACAGCACGGCGCCAAUGGAUGAGAGGCAGAAGAAGCGUCAACUACGUAGCGAGCAGAGGUUCAUGUCGAAGUUGCAAUGGCAGGCGGAGACACUCACGGGUGCGCUGGGAACCCCCCUUCAGCAGAUGGUCAUCCCGAGCGCCGCGACGGCGAGGAAGUCUCGGCCCGGUACUUCUCUCAAGGUCGAUGACUCGAGGCCAGCGACGCCUACUCGAGGCGGCGCUGGUAAGAAGGGCAAGAAGGAGACGCUCUCCUCUGCGGACAAGAUCCGACUCGCGAACCAGGCCAAGAAGCAUGCCAAGGAGGACGAUUCCAACGUUGUAUGGUGGCAAGAGCAGCUGGCGGCCAUCGAGGACAGGCCGACGUCGUCGAAGGUCACUGCCGUCGAGCAUCUCAUGCGAAACAAGCGCACCAAGGACGGCUGGCUCUCCGUCGAGUCUCGCCUCUAUCGCAUUCACCUCGAGUUCUGCCGCUGGCUGGAGGAUUCCAACCAUGAAUCUGCUCUCGUGCGGGACCGCUUCACCGUCUCCAUAAUGUGCAUGGUGAAGGAUCUCUAUGAGUCCAAGGAACUUUUUCCCACAGCUGCCGCGAAACUCGCUACGUGCCUCAUUUCCCUCGGCUUCGAUGACUACAUCGAGUCUUUCGAAAGCAUAGCCACGGUAUCGGCGGAGGACCAUAAGCUGCACUUCGACUUCGUGAAGCUUGUCAAAUCGAAAAGUGGCCACCCCGUACACAAGUGGAUGCGCAUCAAAGAGGACUCCGUUGUAUGGCAACUGCGGCUCUUUGGCGAGUUCAUGGAUCGGAGCAUGGACAGUUCGAGCGACCCGCGUGUGUCGUUCAAGCCAGAUGCCUGGCAACGGAAGGUUUUGGAUUGUCUGGAUCGGAACGAAUCGGUCCUCGUCGCAGCGCCUACCAGUGCGGGUAAAACGUUCAUCUCUUACUACGCCAUGGAGAAGCUCCUGAGGACCUCGGAUGAUGACAUCCUCGUCUACGUAGCGCCCACCAAGGCACUCGUUAGCCAGAUUGCCGCCGAAGUGUAUGCUCGGUUCAGAAAGGACCUUGGAAGCAAGGCGUGCUGGGCCAUCCAUACCAGGGACUACCGCGUGCACAACCCGCAAAACUGCCAGAUCUUGGUGACUGUUCCCGAGAUGCUGGCGACUAUGCUUCUCUCGCCUCCUCUGGCGAGAUCCUGGACGCCGAGGAUCAAGCGCAUCAUCCUAGACGAAAUCCAUACGAUUGGUCAACAAGAAGGCGGCGCGGUCUGGGAACAAAUCAUCCUGCUCGCGCCUUGUCCCCUAAUCGGUCUUUCUGCUACUAUCGGGGAGCCGGAGAAAUUCAACGCGUGGCUAGCAUCCGUACAAGAGGCUCACGGUUUCAAGCACAUGUUCAUUCAGCAUCCGUAUAGGUACUCACACUUACGCAAGUUCACGUACCUCCUCGAGGAAGGGGAGAAGCCCGCCGAGUUCCAAAGUCUGCAAGAUCGUCGGAAGAGCUACCGCUUGCGCUUCGUUCACCCCAUCUCGAUGCUGUCGUUCGGUGCACGUCGUCUUCCCCCCGACUUCUCGCUCGAGGCAGCCGAUUGCCUGUCCCUGUAUCACGCGCUCGAGUCGGUUCGAGACAGGCUUCACUUCGAUGUUGGCUCACUGGACCCGACACUGUUCUUCGCUGAUUCGAAAGGCAUUCUGCUGAAGCAGAGGGAUAUCUUGCGCUACGAGGCUGCUCUGACAGGCCAUGUGUCGGAAUUAAUCGAUUCGACAGACCCUCAGGAUCCUAAUUCCGUCCUGAAUCAAGUCAUUCGUCACGUAUCUGACCCCGUCAUCGCGAAGGUCGACCAACGUUUCGUCCCGAAUGCGGACGCAUUUUUCCGAAACCUGAUUGGUCUUGUCUCAGACUUGCAUGCCAAUGGAGAUCUGCCCGCGCUUCUGUUCAACUUCGACCGCAAGGUCUGUGAAAAGAUGGCUGAGGCCAUUCUCGACGUCCUCGAGGGAGCCGAGGCGAAGUGGCGUGAGACGAGCCCAGAGUGGAAGAGGAAGAUCAGGCAAUGGGAAGUCUGGGUUUCGAAGGCUAAGGAGCGCGAACGCCAGGCAGAACGGCAGAAGAAGGUGAAGAAAGAGGAGGCGAACGCUACCCCCGAGGCGCAGCAGCCAGAUGCCAGCUGGGAAGCGUCCUUCAAUCCAGACGAUCCCUCGCCACAGUUCUCUUUCGCGGGUAUGUCGGCGGCGUUCACGAAGGAGGACCUCGACGAUGAGAUUCGAAGCCUAGCGAGGUGGAAGUCGGCUCCGGAAUGGGCCCUCAAGUGCCUGCAAAGGGGUAUAGGCGUACAUCAUUCCGGAAUGAAUAAGCAUUACCGUACUCUCGUCGAGAGUUUGUAUCGCGCAGGAUACCUUCGAGUGGUGAUCGCGACAGGCACGCUCGCUCUCGGUAUCAACGCUCCGACGAAGACUUCCGUGUUCUGCGGCGAUUCUCCCUUUCUUACUGCCCUCAUGUAUCGUCAGUGUGCCGGCCGUGCUGGUCGGAGAGGAUUUGAUCUUCUCGGCAAGGUCGUCUUCUACGGCCUCCCUAUGGACCGAUGCCAGCGACUCGUGCUCUCUAAGCUUCCUUCGCUCGGCGGCAACUUCCCGCUCACGUCAACUAUGGUCUUACGGCUCUUCAAUCUGCUGCAAGGGUCCAACGACGCUCCAGUCGCCCGGAACGCCAUCAAGAGUCUUCUUCACCUCCCUCAUAUCAGCUUCGUCUCUGAUGUCGGCCGGGAGCAAAUUCUCCAUCACAUCCGAUUCAGCAUCGAUUAUCUCCGUCGCUCUGGCCUUCUGGACGAAGGAGGCAACCCUAUCAACCUCUUCGGCGUUGCGGCCCACCUGUACUAUACGGAGCCAAGCAACCUCGCGCUCGUGGCUCUCCUGCGGCACGGCGUCGUUCAUCGUAUUUGCAAUCAGGCCAGUCUUAUCACGGCGAAGCGCGAUCUCAUGCUCCUCCUUUCACAUCUCUUCGGCCGUCGAUACCUCCCUCAGGCAUAUGCCUCUCCUAAGUUCUUGCAGACGAUCGUCAGGAAGUCUCCCUCAAUGGUUGUCCUACCUCCGCUGUCUAAGGACGCUCGCAGGGUACUCAUCGAGCACGAGAACCACAUAAAACGCGUCUUCACUGGAUAUGCCCUCGCUUACGUCUCUCACCAUGCCGAAGAACACGGUCGUGAUUUGCGACUACCGUUCAGCGGGCAGACGACUUGUCCUCUAUCCUCGACCGCCCCUUCCACGCCAUUCACUCGCAAGCUCCGCGACACAGCAGUCGCAUCUGUCACUCGCUCGCCCUUCAUCUCCGCAUCUGGCCACGGAGACAGCUUCCGUACCGUGAAAGAGCUUAGUGACACAUCCAGGCAGGGUCUACACCUGAAUGAAUACGCGAUCCCAUCUAUGCGCCAGUUUACCGCAGUUCCCGGAGAGGACAACGAAGAGUUUGCGCUAAACGCAUACCUACUCGAUUUCUAUACCCAUGGGCAGACCGCAGCUCUGAAGGCCGCGAAUGGUAUUCGCGAUGGCGAGAUGUGGUAUGUCCUGCAGGAUUUCUCGCUCACGCUCAAGUCUAUCCGCACCGGCUUGGUCCAGUUGCUGCAGAAGGCGUCCGACAGUGCCAGCAGCGAAGGCGACGCUGUCUCGGAGUUGGAUAGCGGAUUCGCGAGCAUGGACCCGGCUGAGGCAGAUCCUGACAUUGACGGUUUGGAGCACGGUGACUUCAAGCGACCUGCUGGAGUGUCGGACAGGGAUUGGAGGGUCUACGAGGUUUUGAGUGCGGUGACGGCGGAGUUCGACGAGAAGUUCCGUAAGACGUGGGCUUGAAUGCACCCGUCUCUCCGAGAUGCAUACAUCCGUUUCGUAGAAAAAACUACCAGCUUCUUUUCGAUUUGCUCUCCAUUGCUUGUCUUCACUUCCAUACAUGCAUACCAUGUUGCUCUCCUAGCCAGUUGUUCGUGUUCUCGCAUCGCAUACCUCUGUCGAUAUCCCUAAACGAACGAAUAGAAUUAUUCAUUCUG